AGGAACUCCUGGGAUGCUUACAGUACUUGCAUAAUAUAGACUGUCUUAGUGGAUGAAUGUAGCUGACAUUGCUAGACGGAAGGUGAGACAGUAGGACGGACAUUCACGGGGGAACGAAUUGCGCCACGGUCGUCCACGUGUCGGUUACUGGUGAUUCAGCCCGUAGCACAAGAUAGAGAAAACAGAAGCUUCGGUAAAGUGGCGAUUUCACGAGGAUUCGCAAAUCGAUCCGGGUUUCUGAAGCAGCGCCCGCCAUGAACAUGCUGCCUCCUGUUUAGCUCGAGCGAUGCCGACUUCGAGCUUCUUGACUGGGCUGACACUGCCCAGCUCUUCGUCACUCGCACCAGCUUCAGCGCCCAUCCAAUGGGGUCGCAUCACUUGUAGCUCUAGCAAAGGAGGGGGAGCCCGUCGGAUAGACAGCCUCGCAUGGGGCUCUGCGGAAGAGUCUUCCCCUCGUCUGGCCGCCGAGGUUGAGGUCGAGGUAGAGAAAGGGAGGGUUCGAAGCAGGCGAAGCUUCUGUGGAGCAUGCCUUCUCGGGCUGGCAGCUUCACGUUUAGGGGCCCCAGGUAGCGAAGCACUGGCCUUGACGGCCACCACCAGGAGAGAAGCCAAAGAAGCGGCCAGCCCUUUCGACGAGGACCGGCUUUUGCAGCAGAAUCGACGGAUGCAAAAAUUGAAUGGCGCUCCGACUGAAUUCCCAGGAUUCAUCCGAGAAGGAUUCGACGUUAAGGUGGUCACGAAUGAUCAGUACGUCACCACGAAGACAGGGUUGAUAUAUUGUGACAUAGUCGUAGGGCAAGGCGAACCUCCACAAGAUGGGCAGCAGGUAAUCUUUCAUUACAUCGGGUACAAUGAAUCAGGGCGCAGGGUGGAUAGCAGCUACCAGCAAGGUCAGCCCGCUCGCACUCGAGUUGGUAUCAAGGGCAUGAUUCCUGGUUUCGAAGAAGGUAUCAAAAGCAUGCGAUCUGGCGGCAAGAGGAGGAUCAUCAUUCCCCCGGACCUCGGGCCCCCUGUUGGACCAUCGACCUUUUUCAGCGCCAAGCAGUUUGAGGUUUUCGAUGUAGAGCUGUUGGAUGUAAAAAGUUGUGAAAGAAGAACUGUGUUUUUGUACUCUGACGUCGUCUGCGAAUAGGUCUCAUCGAAGUUUAUCUGUAACACUUAAUUUUAGCUCUUCACAUGACGUCUCCCAUUGAGACGGGCGGAGCUACUCUUACCACGAUGAAUUGUAAGCUAUUUCAUGUUCUCUGAGACGGACCAGCUGAGAUUUUCCCUUCUUUCUUGCGUCCGGUACCUGUUUUUGUCUAUGGGCUACUGUGCCUUCAAACCCUCCACAUUGCUCGUCUUGUCUGGAACAAAUGCUUGAGGUCUUGCUGUCGUCUCGGAUUAUCUGUUAUGUGGAACCGAACUGUGGAAAUAUCUAG